AUGGAGGUCGACGCCUCCGAUCCUUUGCGCUCUAUCCCAAAAUCUCCGGUGGUCAUCCUGAUGAUUGGCAUGGCAGGGAGCGGGAAAUCAACCUUCAUGCACCGAAUGGUUGUGCGGCUGCAGUCAAAGCAGAAAAAAGUUUACACGGUCAACUUGGACCCCGCCGUCCGGAAUUUGGCCUACCCAGUAAACAUCGACAUUAGAGACACCGUUAACUACAAGGAGGUCAUGAAACAUUUCGGGCUUGGUCCCAACGGUGGCAUCAUGACAUCGUUGAACCUGUUUGCUACAAAGUUUGACCAGGUGUUGGCAAUCCUUGGCCGCCGCGCAGAGUCCUUGGACUACGUUCUCAUCGACACGCCGGGGCAGAUCGAGGUCUUCAACUGGUCCGCCUCCGGGCAGAUCGUGUGCGAUGCUCUCGCGGUUACAUACCCCACCCUCGUGUGCUACGUGGUGGACACUGCCAGGUGUGUGAAGCCUGUGACGUUUAUGUCCAACAUGCUUUACGCCUGCUCCAUUCUUUACAAGACCAAACUUCCCUUCAUCAUCGCCUUCAACAAGACUGACGUGAUUCCCCAUGACUUCCUGAAGGAGUGGAUGGAAGACUUCGAAAAGCUCGGAGACGCACUGAGCCGCGAGACCUCCUACGUUGCAAGCCUGGCAAGGUCCAUGAGCCUGGCCAUGGAAGAAUUCUAUAGCAACCUCAGGUCUGUCGGCGUCUCGGCAGUGACAGGCGCUGGAUGCGAGGAUUUCGAGAAAGCCGUGACAGACGCCUGUCAGGAGUUCGAGGAUAGCUACGUACCCUUCCUGCUGGAACAGCGGCGGGACCUCGAAGCCAAGCGCAGCGCGGCUGUUGAGGAGCAGGUCAAAGCCUUCGAGCGUGGUUUGGAUCGUGCAAAGCGAGGGCACCAGGAGAUGGGCAGGGAGGACAUGGAGCAGCUUGAAGAGGACGUUCGGAACUUCUCCAUCGCAGAGAAUGAGAUGGAUUAG